AUGUCUGCCUUCCAUCUCUGGCGCCGGCGGACGACGCGAACCAAACAUCUCCGGCCCACGGCCAUGAUCGACUAUGAGAAGGCAGUGGACCGCUGCCUGGGAUGGGGGGGCGGUGCCGGCGCCGGAGGUUGGAGGAGUCUAUUACUUCUCGUCGCCCUCGUCGCGUCGACGGCGGCGCUCUACGCGUCCUUCUCCUCCACCCUCCGCGUCUCCGCCUGGUUCUUGGUUCCUCUUCCCUCCAAUUCUUCCCCCGAGGAGUUCGUUCUCCUACCGUCGCCUCCUCCUACUCACCGUCACACUCGUCCGCCGCUUGGCUGCCCUCCUGCUUCUACUCCGCCCCCAACCGAAGUCCCUGUUUCAACCGCAUCACCGUCUCUCAUUGCGCCUUCUCCUUCUCCGGCCGAGGGUGCAUAUGAUCCAAAGACGCCGCCUUUGGUGCCCGAUGGGCCCGGUUUCACUUCAAGCCCCGGUUUUCUCCCUGUUUCGACCGUGACGCCUCCUUCCGUUGCACCACUUCCUCCUCCUCGAGUCGGCGAUGAUGCCAUGGUGAAUCCUACAAACGCUGAUGCUUUUUGUUUGUAUUACAGUGAAGUAGGAAUGGUGUCAGAGACUGAGAGUUUGACGGAUCUGCAGCUUAUACACGCAAAGAAGGAGAUCGCUGGUGCACCUGUUGUUCUGCACGACCCGGAUCUUUAUGCUCCGUUGUUCCGGAAUGUUUCAGUUUUCAAGAAGAGCUAUAAGAUGAUGGAAAGAAUUCUGAAGGUCUACAUCUACGAGGAUGGACCCAAACCACUCUGCCACACACCACAUCUUGAUGGCAUUUACGCUUCCGAAGGAUGGUUCAUGAAAUUAAUGGAGGAAAACACACAGUUUGUCGUGAAAGAUCCAAACAAGGCCCACUUGUUCUACCUACCAUAUAGUUCGCGGCAGCUGAGAACCCAUCUUUAUGUUGCUGGUUCGCGUAGUAUGCAGCCACUAUCAAUCUUUCUGAGGGACUAUGUCAACUCCAUCUCCGCCAAGUAUCCUUUCUGGAACAGGACAAGAGGAGCAGAUCAUUUUUUGGUUGCUUGCCAUGAUUGGGCAACAUACACGACCAACCUGCAUGAGGAUCUGCGGAAGAACACGAUCAAAGUGGUAUGCAACGCAGAUGUUUCUGAAGGAGUUUUCGUCCGUGGAAAAGAUGUCUCCCUUGCGGAGACAUACGUAAGAACACCCAACAGUCCCCGGAAGGCCAUAGGAGGAAGACCUGCUUCCAGGAGAUCUAUUCUGGCCUUCUUUGCCGGACAAAUGCACGGCCGUGUUAGGCCCAUCCUUCUUCGGUACUGGAGAGGCAGAGACAGAGACAUGAGGAUAUACGAAGUGCUGCCGGAUGAGAUCGCAGCCAAAAUGUCAUACAUCGAACACAUGAAAUCGAGCAAGUUCUGCAUCUGCCCAAUGGGGUAUGAAGUGAAUAGCCCAAGGAUUGUGGAGGCCAUCUAUUACGACUGUGUGCCGGUGAUCAUAGCAAAUAAUUUCGUGCUCCCAUUCGAAGAAGUGCUCGACUGGGGUGCGUUCUCUGUAGUGGUAGCAGAGAAGGAUAUACCAAAGCUGAAGCAGAUUCUACUGGGAAUUAGUGGCAGGCGAUACGUGAGGAUGCAGACGAACGUGAGGAGAUUACGGAAGCAUUUUCUAUGGAACGAUAAACCAGUGAAGUAUGAUCUCUUUCACAUGAUUUUGCACUCGAUUUGGUUUAAUAGAUUGAACCAUUACUCAUUAUAA